AUCACAGCUUGGUGAUGGGUGGGCGGUGUUCGUCCCACAGCUAGGGCCGGACUGUGACAGACGGGCUCGGCUCACAGCGCCUCCGUGCUCCACACGCGCUACAACUUUCCUGAGGUUCCUCGAUUGGAGGGUGUCUCCCGUUUGAGUGUAAGGGCUUUUAAACCCCAACUCGCUCGGCCUGUGCCCAGACUCGUGGCCAGCUCUGCGCUGUGCCGUCCAUCUAUCCCCGCCGGGCCGCCAUUGUACGACGCUUCCUGCUGCUUCCGUUCAUCGCACCACCGGGCGAGCCGCGUUGUGUUUAUGUCUUUAUUGGACGAAAACGAGCUGUUGCGCAGCCAUUGGUACCUGUAUUGGGGGAACAUAGCAUACAAGCAAGAAGCUCACAGCCUCGGGGGCGAAAUUAUUUUCAUGUCAGAGACCGAGAACUCUUGCAGUCGUUUAUGUCAUCCAGUCUUCUCCAGACAGAAGAUACCAAAAAGUUGCAAUCCAAGAGCUUUUCCUCUUAUUGACAAGGCUAAUAAAAAGCCAAGAUGUCUGUCAACGUCAACCGCAGCGUUUCCGAUCAGUUCUAUCGGUACAAAAUGCCCCGUCUGAUUGCCAAGGUAGAGGGCAAAGGAAAUGGAAUAAAGACGGUAAUAGUCAACAUGGUUGACGUUGCAAAGGCGCUUAAUAGGCCUCCAACGUAUCCCACCAAAUUUUUUGGUUGUGAGCUGGGAGCGCAGACCCAGUUUGAUGUUAAGAAUGACCGUUUCAUUGUCAAUGGAUCUCAUGAGGCAAACAAGCUGCAAGACAUGUUGGAUGGGUUCAUUAAAAAGUUUGUUCUGUGUCCCGAGUGUGAUAAUCCUGAAACAGAUCUGCAUGUCAAUCCCAAGAAACAAACAAUAGGCAAUUCUUGCAAAGCCUGCGGCUACAGAGGCAUGCUAGACACAAGACAUAAGCUGUGUACUUUCAUUCUCAAAAACCCACCAGAGAAUACGGACGGCAAUACGGGGAAAAAAGAAAAGGAUAAAAAGAACAGGAAGGGGAAAGAAAAAGAAAAUGGUUCUGUAGCAAACAACGAUUCCUCGGAUUUAUCAGAGUUCGGUCCUCCGCGUGGGGAGGACGAUGACGACGAGGACUGGGGCGAGGACACAACUGCGGAGGCACAAAGACGCAGGAUGGAAGAAAUUAGUGAUCACGCGAAGAAUCUUACGCUCAGCGAUGACCUAGAGAGAUCUGUUGAAGACAGAGUAAAUAUGCUCUUUGACUAUGUCAAGAAAAAGAAGGAAGAGGGUGUAAUCGACUCCUCGGACAAGGACAUCUUGGCCGAGGCUGAAAGGCUUGAGGUGAAGGCUAUGGGACCUCUGGUGUUGACUGAAGUUCUGUUCAAUGACCAGAUCAGAGAUCAGAUUAAGAAGUACAGGCGUCACUUCCUCCGUUUUUGCCACAACAACAAGAAAGCACAGAAGUACCUUCUCCAUGGCUUUGAGUGUGUUGUGGACAUACACCGGGCUCACCUCCUCCCCAAAAUACCGCAUAUCUUGAAGGAAAUGUAUGACGCAGACCUCCUUGAAGAGGAUGUGAUCAUCGGCUGGGCUGAGAAGCCUUCAAAAAAAUACGUCUCUAAAGAGCUUGCCAAAGAUAUCCGUUCAAAGGCAGAGCCCUUUAUCAAAUGGCUGAAGGAAGCUGAAGAGGAGUCGUCCGGUGAGGAGGAUGACGAGGAAGAAGAUGAAAAUAUCGAGGUUGUCUAUUCUACAUCCGUGAGCGUUCCCAAGGUUGAAACGGUCAAGGUACCAGUUGAGAAAGACGACGACAUCGAUAUCGAUGCCAUUUAAAGCUGACUAGAUCUACUUAAAGUUAUGAUUCAGUUUCCGCUUCUACGUUGUACGCCCGGAGUGCAGCAUGUAUGUGAUAAAGCCGGACGAGCCGAACAUCAUGCUGCACUUUUUACGCUUACACCUUUCUUUAUGCUGUGAUUUAUGGUCUUUAACAAUGUUUAACAAAUUAUGAGACGCCAACAGAAGAGUCUUAGUUUUGUCUAAAGCAUGUGAUUACUUUUUUUAAAUUCUAAUGUUUGAUGCACAUUUAUACAGUUGUGAAUAAAGGGUUAUGAGGAGA